GGCAGAGCCGAGCGGGGCUGUGCGGAGCGCGGUGAGGCCCGGCCCGGGGAGCCGGCAUGAGGCUGGGCAGGUCGGGCCCCCAGCAGCAGGUACCGCGGGCGGAGGGGGGGUCGCGCUUCUCGAGAUGAGCUCGUUGCAGGCGUAAGCACGCUGUGCGGCGGCGUUAUUUGGGGGAAGGAAGAAAUGCUCCUUGAAGUUUGGCUCGGGAAAUCCUUCUUUACCGUACUAACGGGCAGCUCCGAACGCUGCCGGCGCUGCCUCGCGCGGACGGCGCCUCGGAGCACCGACUGCUCGGCUUCGGCAUCGCGCGGCCGUAACCGCCUCGGUUAAACUCGCUCCCUUCUGCGUCUCCCGCGUAGCGGCAGCUUAGUCGGUGCUCGCGGCGGGGAGGUGGCAGACCUUCCUUCCGAGUCUCGCCUCCCUGCUGCGGCGCUGGGACGGAGGGUCGGUGCCGCGGUCUCUGGGGCCGCGUCCGUGCAUGUGCGGGCAUGUCUGCUGCUGGGCUGCGCGACGGCUCAGAGCCGGGGAUGGCACGGGGCGGGCGGCCGCAGCGCUUUCUGCCGUCGUACCGCCUGUGCUGUGCUGUGCUGUGUUGUGAGGCAGCCGCGGAUGCUUCAGGGGGUGGGUAAAUGAGCAGAAUAGGAAAAGCCAGCGGUUCUGUCCAGCCCCGUCUUUAGAAAUGAUGUAGGUGUUGAGGGAUAUUUUCUCCGUCGUUAGGAAGUGUUUAAUCCGUACUCUUCGUGUCCGGAUCUGUUUUAUUUCCUAAAGCCGCCCGUCUGCUAAGGGAGCCCCCCGGGGCUGCCGUGUCGGCACAACCGAAAGUGCGGCUUUCAAGCUGAGCGCCCAUCAGCCCGGAGACGGUAAGCGUAGAGGGAGAUCGAAACAGCGGCUUAUCCUUAGAGGUUGGAAACUGAGGCAUUGAGCCGUGCAGCGUUCACAUAGCCUUUGCCACGUCCCUACCAGAAUGGAGAUGUGGAUCUGCGCUUCCUGAGGGCUGGGUUGGUGCCAGGAUCUAUGGACCAGAGGGAACGCAAGAUGCACAGCACCGCGCUCGUUCUGUAUCAGUGGCACAACCGCACGGCGGCCGGCUGUGUACUGAACAGCGUGUCCUGGACACCCUGCCAAAAAUGCUCUGUGCAACUUUGCUGCUGCUGAACCAGGAACUCGGCAUAAGAAUUCCUAGACCGCUGGGACACGGACCAAGCAGAUUCAUCCCAGAGAAGGAGACCGUUCAAGUGGGAAGCGAAGACGCCAUGAUGCACGCGCUGUUUGCGGACUCUUUCGCUACGCUGGGCCGAUUGGACAACGUUACCUUGGUGAUGGUUUUCCACCCACAGUAUCUGGAAAGCUUUCUGAAAACUCAGCACUAUCUGCUGCAGAUGGACGGCCCGCUCCCUCUUCAUUACCGGCACUACAUCGGGAUCAUGGCUGCAGCCAGACAUCAGUGCUCUUACCUUGUUAACCUCCACGUGAAUGACUUCCUGCACGUUGGUGGAGACCCGAAAUGGUUGAAUGGCCUGGAAAAUGCACCGCAAAAACUGCAGAAUUUGGGAGAACUGAACAAAAUGUUGGCUCACCGACCCUGGCUUAUCACCAAGGAGCAUAUCGAGCAACUUUUGAAGACAGAAGAGAACAGCUGGUCCCUGGCAGAGCUGAUCCACGCUGUUGUUCUGCUGACACACUACCACUCCCUUGCUUCCUUCACGUUUGGCUGCGGAAUCAGCCCGGAGAUCGACUGCGAAGGCGGUCACACCUUCAGGCCACCUUCCGUCAGCAACUACUGCUUGUGUGAUAUCACAAAUGGCUACCACGGGGUAGAUGACAUUCAUGCCAGCCCAGCUGCAAGUAUUCCGACUACAGAGUCUGUCUGUGAAGUUGAAGCUCUUAUGGAGAAAAUGAAGCAACUGCAGGAGUGCAGAGAUGAAGAGGAAGCCAGCCAGGAGGAGAUGGCUACACGUUUUGAAAGAGAGAAGAGAGAAAGCAUGUUCGUGUGUUCUUCAGAGGAUGAAGAAUCGGCACCAACGAGAGAUGUGUCUCGUCACUUUGAGGACACCAGCUAUGGUUACAAGGACUUCUCCAGACAUGGGAUGCACGUGCCCACCUUUCGAGCUCAGGAUUACUCUUGGGAAGACCACGGCUAUUCCUUGGUUAAUCGCCUUUACCCAGAUGUGGGACAGCUACUUGAUGAGAAGUUUCACAUUGCUUAUAAUCUGACUUACAACACAAUGGCCAUGCACAAAGAUGUGGAUACCUCAAUGCUAAGACGAGCUAUUUGGAACUAUAUUCAUUGUAUGUUUGGAAUAAGAUACGAUGAUUACGACUAUGGUGAAAUUAAUCAGUUGUUGGACCGCAGCUUUAAAGUUUAUAUCAAGACUGUGGUUUGCACUCCUGAAAAGACCACAAAGAGAAUGUAUGAUAGCUUCUGGAGGCAGUUUGAACACUCUGAGAAGGGGCAAACGACCUUACCACCUCUUCCUUUGCUAACAACCCCCUCCGCUCCACAGGUCCAUGUAAAUUUGCUUCUGGUAGAAGCUCGGAUGCAAGCCGAACUACUUUAUGCUCUGAGAGCUAUUACUCGCUAUAUGACCUGAUGUCUCCGGCUGCCUGUCGACGCUGGAAUGUUCCGCAGCUGCAGUAUGGCAGAGGAAGAUACGAAGCCUCAGGACCAAUGGUAGCUAUAAAUUAAGAUGCCCAUUGUGCCAUAACUCCCUUAGAUUCAGCUCUUUCCACGUUUGGAAUGUCACCGCUGCCACGGGGCAGCGAACGCUUGGCAGUUGAAAAGACGGGGCUGUGCCGAAGCGCUGCCCGCUGGGGGUGGUUUGGCUUCAGCCAGCACGGGACGCUCUAUGGACUUGUGGCAAUACCGCAAACCAUGGCUGUAUAGAUCUUGUAAGGCAAACGCAACAGGAGUUGGAGCGUGAAAGGAAGUGGGACUUGAUGACAUUUGCUUUCCCUACGAGAAUAAUUUUAGAAAAUCUUGAUGCUGCUAUUUGUGCUGGUGGAGCAAACAGAGAGGCUGUUCCAGCUAAGCUCAAAGUGAAAGCGAGCACUGCUAUUGUCUGAGCCUUUAUUGUGCGUGGUUUCCAAAAAGCCUUGUUAUUUAGAUUUAUUUUUAAUCAGAACUAAACCUCCUCUGUCCACACUGAUGAUUUGAAUGAUAGCAGUCAAUUUUCUCAACUAGUUUAGCCUUAAGAUGCUGUAGGACGUUUGUUCGGCGUUAUUUGGAGAGCUCCAAAGUGCAAUGGUCUUCCUAUGGAAAGAAGAGGACGUGGUCCUUAGAGCUUUGUACAGAUCUGACCACGUCCGGUGUCACACAGCCCCUCGUCCUGCUUCUCCAGGGUGAGCUGAUCCCUGCUCAGGGCCUGCGACAAGGGAUGGGAAUGUUGUUCAAGGCUGCCAAACAGUCCUACUGCGUUACGUGCCCAACGCUGGUCUUACUGAUUUUUUGCAGUUGCUUAAAUAACUAGGCUAAAAACCAUCUAUUUUUAGUAAAUCAAAACAUGAUUAAAAUGCUGACAUUUAAUAUACAGUCCUUUUGGAGAACACAUGAAUACUUUUGUAUGAGUGUGAAUUGCUUUUUAAAUAUGUCAGUAUUAUUGGUAUUUUUUAAAUAAAGAUAACAACUUUU